CAUCGGAAUGUCUUUCUUCGCUUGGAAAGGGAGCAAUCGUUCUGAAAAUACCGAACACGGUGGACGUAACUUACAAGAUGGUCUCUUUCAAAUUGCAUCUCAAGCUUGUCACAUAUUAGUACAAGUAAACAACACGCACAACGUUUCAUACGGUGGAAAUAAUAAUGUAAGGAAUAUCGCAUAUUCGAAAUGUUCAAACAAUGAUGAAGAUUCGGUACGUCACGCAGCUUCUUCCACAAAUAAAGCCACUGCUUCCACAGUUAAAUCUUAUACAAAGUAUAGGAAAGAACAAGGCAAAGAUCAAGAUGUAGUCGUUUUGUUACCACAUCGUAAGAGCAGAACACCUCUUAUUAAGCACAAAUUAUCCACAGUUUCUGAGAAUGCUAGAUUAGAAUUGAACGAGAAGUCAAAAUAUAUCGGCAGUGGUAGUAGAAAUGGCGGUUCUGUCGGUGGUGCUUCUGGCAGCGGUCCUAGUGGUGGCGGUCCUAGUGGUGCUAGUGCAAUCAACGGUAAUACCGUUCCCGAUGAUGACUUCGAACUAUGGGAUUAUUCCGGUUUCAUGUUGAAAAAUGAUACUGAUGAUCCAAUUACAAAUGGAAAAUGGGGAGGCGCACAAGGAUGGUGCAGGCCAAGUUGCAUUCCGAUUACGGUUAUAUUAAUUUUAAUAGUAUUGGUUGUUUUAUUACCGUUGUUAGAUCACACGGCGGAUAAAUACGCGUCAAACGGUGCAGAUUUUGGUUUCGAUACAAGUUGCAUGAACGGCUGUAAUUUAUCUUUCGUGGAAACUCUACCGAUCGGUCUGAAUUACACCAACAAUACCGUCUUUCUCGACAACACUUAUGACUCUUGGAUUAAAUUGAUCUCGUUAGCACGGCAAAAAAUAGAAAUAGCAUCGUUUUAUUGGACUAUGAGAAGAGAAGAUGUAUAUCCAGACGACAGUGCGAAACAGGGUGAAGAGAUAUUCAAACUACUUCUUCAAGCGGGCAGAGAUCGGAAUAUUUUACUGAAAAUAGCGCAAAACCUACCGUCGCAAGUUAGUCCAAACAUCGAUACGGAAGUCUUGACAAAAAAAGCAAAUGCCAAGGUUAAAAGUUUAAAUUUUGCUGGAUUACUGGGAGGGGGGGUACUUCACACGAAAUUAUGGCUCGUUGACAGAAUGCACGUAUAUAUUGGUUCUGCGAAUAUGGACUGGCGGUCGCUCUCACAGGUGAAAGAGCUUGGUCUAAUCGCUUUAAAUUGCAGUUGUUUGGCAAAUGAUUUUGCUAAGAUAUUUGAUGUUUACUGGACAGUAGGCGAUGAUGGUAAAAUACCAUCCGUUUGGCCAGACUAUCUUAACACAAGAAUUAAUUUAAAAACUCCGAUGAAUUUUACAUUUAAGAACAAUAAGUAUAAAACAUUUGUCGCGAGUUCUCCUCCCCCAUUUUCGCCAAAAGGAAGGACCAAUGAUAUUGAUGCUAUUCUUUAUUGUAUCGAAAAAGCUGAGAAAUUUAUUUACAUCUCGGUAAUGGAUUAUUUUCCACUAACUGUAUAUACAGCUAAAAUCAAAUAUUGGCCGAUAAUAGAUGAUGCAUUGAGAACCGCAGCUAUCGAACGUAAGAUACAUGUACGACUAUUGAUAUCAAUGUGGAAGCAUACGAGUAAAUCAGAGAUUUUCUUUCUCAAGUCACUCGCGGAAUUAACGGAUAGUUACGCGGGUGUAAAAAUUGAAGUGAGAAAAUUCAUAGUUCCUACGAAUCCUGAUUUUGACAGAAUACCGUUUUCAAGAGUAAAUCACAAUAAAUACAUGGUGACCGAUGUAGCAGCGUAUAUAGGAACAAGCAACUGGUCUGGCGAUUAUUUUAUAAAUACCGCAGGUAUAAGUACAAUAUUCGAGACUAUCAGCGACCAGACUUCCGACAACCUUAGGCAACAGUUGGAAAAUGUUUUUCAUCGCGACUGGCAUUCCGAAUAUUCUUACGCUUUAAACGGAAGUUUGCCAUUCGUGGAACGAUCGACAAAUACCAUCGAAGAUGAUUACUAUCUACGAUCAUCACGUUACAUAUUAACGUGACAACAUCAAAGAUUUUAUUAAUAUUCGUUUCCAGCGAAAUCACUCCUUACCACUUAAUAUGUCGAGACGAAUUUCUUAAAUGUCUCGUCUCUUGUCACUGACAAAAUUAAACUCUUUCUUUUCUUCUUCUUCUUCUUCUUCUUCUUCUUCUUCUUCUUCUUCUUCUUCUUCUUCUUCUUCAUCUUUUUUCUUUUCUUUUUUUUUUACGAAGCACAUUCUUACGAUUAUUCACACUCAGCAAAUAUCGACUUCGAGCUGACGUUCUGUUUGUUCCGUGUACACUACAUGCACAAACACAUCCUUCUUCCAUUCUCUCUUAUGUUGUUUCAUCUCUUUAUUAUUAUUUCUUUAAAGAUAUAUAUAUAUAUAUAUACAUAUACAUACACAAACGUACAUACACCUACGCGUAAUAUUCCUUCUCUCUCUUUCUUUGUCUCUGCCUGUCUGAUUCUGUCUUUUUUUAACACACAUCUCCUUCCUUCCGGAGUGCGCGCUCGCGCGUACGCGUAUAUAUGUAUGUGCACAUUUAUUGACCACAAGAAACGAAUAUAUCUGAAAUCUUGAAGAUAUCGGAGUAGUCUUACAUAAUGGACGUUUGUGUGCCUUGGUUCAAGUGACCUUGCGAAUGUCUUCUAUGAAGA